AUCGAAUAAGUUGCCUCAGCACUUCUAAUUAGCCUGCGUGGAUUCGCUGGUUUGAAUUCCGUGGGGAAUAAUUAUGUGCGAGAGGGUUGCUGGAUUCUUUGCCACAGUUCAAUUUCAAAUAAAAGUCUGUUCUCAUUCUCGCCAAACAACUCACUAACAUCAAUCGCAAAAAAAUUGUUCUCGCAAACAUAAAAUAUCGAAAAGACUUGUUGGGGUUGUUCAGUCUGCAAAUGCAAAAGCGCCCUGUACGCUGACACAUGACACAGUUUCCCCAAACAUGGCGACGUCGGAUGGGGUUGUGGAAGAGAAAUCGACUAAGUGGGCAGAAGUCGUAAUGCAGACUUCAGAAGUCCAAAAUGACAGUUUCACUGAUUAUGAGAAUGUAGAGAUUUUCAUGGACAUAAAGGAACCUGAAUGGCUGACUUCAUCAGAUGAAGAUGAAAAUGCGGUUGCAAAACAACGGAUGUCCAAGACUCUUGAUGUCACCCCAAGAAAGGAUAAUAAUUCCGUUGCAUCGUCUCCUCAGUUCCGCACUCCACAUCCAAGUGAAUUAAUUUUACCGUUUUCCUCAUGUAAUGAAUCACCUAUUGGUGUCUGUUUAAUAGCUGCAUCAACACCAUUCCAAGGGCAAAGAAAUCCAUCCACAUCAUCCAUAAAUGAGUUGGUUAUAAAGAAUCGUGCUCAAGGCAAUGCUACUUUUAAUAUGGAUAAAGGAAAAGGCAGUAGUACUUUUGUGCUCGGUGCCAAUGAGAGUCGGACAGGUGACGGCACUUUCGUAAAAGAAAAUAAUAAUCAGACUUUUUGCAAGGAAGAAAAUCUAACUUUUGAUGUAAAAUCCUCUGAAAAAGAUUCUGGAUCAGAUAUUAUGGAUUCUUGCACACAUCUUGAAUCAAGCGCAGAGUCUGCAGACGACAAAGGACAAAGAAAGCCAUUGCGAUCAUUACCUCAGCCGAAAGCAACUCAUAACACGAAUGCUUCCAACAGAAAUGCGACUAAAAAAGGUUCUCGUCUUGCUGCUCCAAGAAUGAACACUGCUGCAAUUUCUAGAAUACAGGCAAGAUCACCAGGAUCAGUUGCAUCAUCGACUGAUAGCAGUAAAACUAUAAAGAAACCCAACAACAUUGGAAAUGCAACGAAAGCAAGAAAAUCACUUUUACCUCCUUCUAUAACAAGAUCAUCUGCAGUAAACAAUAGAAAUAGAAAAUGUUCCACUGUUGCUGAAGAACCAACAACCAGCAAUGUACCAACAAAAACUACUAGAAAUGUUACAUCUGGAAGUACUCCAACGAAGAGGAAAGCACAGGAGAGUCCAAAACGUAUAGGUCGGUCACCAAAAAUCCCUGGUGGUAGAAGUGUUGUUCCUCCGCGAGUCACAACAACCGCAUCAACACGAAGUAAUAGUGCUCCAACGUCCAAGUUAACAUCGACUACAGCAAGAAGUUCUCGGCCUCACAGACCGUCCGGUUUGAAAGGUCCAUAUGCAUUCUCACGAUCGACUUCUAACAUUGGCACCAGCAAAUUAGUUGGAAGUUCAGGGUCUGUACUCACAUCAACAAAAUCUAUCUCAAGACCAUUAAGUAACAAUAAUAACAAAGUAGUUUCUCAAAGUGAAGCUACCUCCAGUGCACUGACUGAUAGCGGGAAUUUGAGAAAACCAAAGCUGACUGAACAAACCAAAUCAUCUACAAAGUCGACACCAAAAAAUACAGAAUGUGUUACAGCAUUAUCUAUACUCCUUGACUAUGUUGUCAAUAAGCUUGAUGGAUUGUCUGCUCCAAGGUUAUCGGAAGAAAAACAACAAUUACAGAAAUUGGUUGCUGAUAAAAUUGAAGUAAAUGAUAAUCUUUCAUCGAGACUGUCAGACCUAGAAUCAAGAUUCAAAUUGGCAACUGCUGAGUACGAACAAAAUUGUAGAGAACAGAUCGAACGUAAUGAACAACAAUUAUUGGAUGAAAAAAGCGCAAGAGAACAAAUCGUGACUCAAUUAUCUUCUGAGCUUGAUAAAGAACGACAGAGCUGCAGGGAACAAAUAACAGUAUUAAGAAUCGAACAAGAAGAAUUGAAACAUAAUUAUGAAACAGAACUUAGUAAUAUUCAAGACGAAUGGUCUUCGAAAUACCAAAAACUUCAGGAUGAUAUGGAAAAUACAAUAAAAGAAGAAUUGAAGGAAAGAAUCAAACCUUACAUAAAUGCAAAAUCAGAAGUUGACAGCUUGACUACUGUUUUGGAAAUGAAGAAUCAUACAAUACAUCAGUUGGAAGCAGAGUGCUCUAAAUAUUCAACUCAAACUGAUCAAGUCAAUUCACUAAAUUAUAAGAUUGACCAACUUCGACAAAAGAACGAAGACUUGUCUAUGCAACUACAUGAAAAAAUGGAUGAAACUAGAAAUAUGUCCGUGGAAAAGCAAAAAUUACAACAAUCCAUGAGUGAGGAGCAAACUCGUUUAACAAGACUUCGACAGCAUAAUGAGGAAUUGCAAUAUCGACUUGAUUCACUCAGCCCUUCGCCGUCACCAUCCUUUAAUCCAGUCUUUACAACAUCCCCUACAGUUGUCGAUCCUCCUAAUGCAUUUGGGUCUACACCACGUAAUCCUGGUUUAAAAAGAGCUGCAAAUGGUAACGGCAAUUCGUUAUCUUAUGAUGAUAAGCUGUGUCGAUCCUUAUCUUACAACUAUGCGGAUGAAGGAAAUGCUGUGAAUAACUCACUGUGAAUGUGAGACGAAUUUAGCCCGUUUGCCUGAGCAUCACGAACCAAUGUGCACACUGCGAUAUAAGAAGCUGAUUGGAUUGAAGAAAUGGAUGCGGUUGUACUACAUUCUGAUUUAUGCAAUAUAUAGGCAAUAUAAUUGUACUUGUAUAUUUAAACAUAAGUCAUGUGGGAAUGUCAAAAAUAUGGUACAUAAAUGUGUAUGCGCACCCAGCACUUUAUUAAUCGUCAUUUUGUGUUUGUGCUGCUUAUUUUGACAAUCACUGGACUAAAAUCAAUUUCUACGUCUACGGUAAACGUGGGGAAUAGGGUUUGCACUGGCAUCAUUGGAUUUGCUAACGUCAACACUGUAAAAAUAAUAUUUAUCCGUACUUAGAAGCAUGGUGCUGUUAUCUGCAAUAUUUGAAAAUUGUCAAUCGUGUCAUGCGGUUCAUGGUAUUUAAUGUUUCAUUUAUUUUCAAAUUUAUAUGCCUUUAUGCAUUGGAGUUAUUUCCAAAAUUUGUUUUCAUAUGGCUGUUUAACUUAUCUAAAUUACAGAAUAGACUCUUCUAUAAACUGCUGUUAGAUUUGUUAUGUAACAACUCGCUUGUACGAAUGGUCUAGUAUUUUGCAUGUUUUGUGCAAUAAAUAUAGCUGUAAAUACUUUG